CGAGCUUCCGGAAGCAACCACCAAGUCGGCAAGAUGAAGAGAAAGGCGGCGUCUCUCUCCUCCACUGGAGACGAAGACAACGGCUUCAAGCACGGCAAGCGCGCGUUCCCCAAGUUUGGCGAGCUUCUCCACGCAGCGUCGUACAGUCAAGACAAGCAGGAAAGCCCCGAGACGUGGUCGCCCGAGCUGCCCAGCACUUCGGAGACGGACGACGACGGCGAGCAAGAUGGCUACGCUGAAGACGAAGACAGCACCGGAGGAAGAGCGUGCAGCUUCUUGGGCUGCACCAAUGCAGCUCGAAGUCGCGGCUUGUGCCCAGCACACGGCGGCGGCACUCGUUGCAGUGUUCAAGGCUGCAUGAAGCACGUGGUUUCCGGCGGUUUGUGCGUCGCUCAUGGAGGAGGAUGUCGAUGCCGCGAUCCCUCCGGGUGUUCAAGCAGUGCUGUCAGUCGUGGGCUUUGCGUGCAGCAUGGAGGUGGACGGAAGUGCAGCGAGCCGGGCUGCAACAAGCACGUAGCUUCGGGUGGACUGUGCCGCACUCACGGAGGAGGUCGACGCUGCCAGGUGCCGGAUUGUACGAGCAGCGCCCAAAGUCGAGGCUUGUGCUACGUCCACGGCGGAGGAGGCCGUUGCCAGCGUCCAGGCUGCGGGUCUAGCGCCAAGAAAGGCGGUCUCUGCAUCGCACACGGCGGAGGACAUCGCUGUCAAGUGCCUGGCUGUACCAGCAGCGCUGUGAGU